AUGAACCGAAAUCUUAAUGAAGCAUUUGCUUAUUCUCAUUUCUUAAAUAUUGCAUCAGAAGUCCUCGUAGACUGUUGCUAUGUGCUCAUUAAAGUUGGCGUUAUCAUUGAUGAAUUCAGAUGGAUUCGUUUCGGAACAGUAGUUGGCUACAUUUUCUUUGUAUCGUUGCCGGCCGUUGCGUUGAGUAUUUACUAUAUUUGUAUUUGGGAUCCGGGCUAUGUCACAAAAGUACGACUUGAUUCGAUAUAA